GUAUUUUCGUAGCAUAAUGGGAAAAGCAAGAACAACUAGAAAGUUUGCGCAAAUGAAGCGCAUGAUCAGCACAAAUGACACUCGAUUAAAAGAGAACCGAGAAAAACAAAAGAAAAAGGAAACAGAAAAAGAAGAAAAGGCUGUUCGCCAUGUUCCCCAAGUAGCUUCAUCCAUGUUCUUUCAAUACAAUUCUGCAUUGGGCCCACCUUAUCAUGUCUUGGUCGAUACUAACUUUAUCAACUUUUCUAUUCAAAACAAGCUUGAACUUGUUAAGUCCAUGAUGGACUGUCUGUAUGCUAAAUCUGUACCUUGUAUCACAGAUUGUGUUUUAGCAGAAUUAGAGAAAUUGGGUCCUAAAUACCGUAUUGCAUUAAAAAUUGCGCGUGACCCUCGUUUUGAGCGUCUUCCUUGUUCUCAUAAGGGUACAUAUGCAGAUGACUGUCUUGUCAACAGAGUCAUGCAACACAAAUGUUACAUUGUAGCUACUUGUGAUCGUGAUUUAAAGCGUCGUAUUCGUAAAAUUCCUGGUAUUCCUAUUAUGUACAUUGCCAACCACAAAUAUGCCAUUGAAAGACUUCCUGAAUUGGGUAUUAAUGAUAAAUAACUCUUGCAUCCUUAUUAGAAUAAAAAAAAAAGCAUUAUGUAAAUA